CGCAUCCGCCUCCUUCGCUAAAAGCUGUCAGUUCUGCGCGUGCCGUAGCAGCGGCAGGUUCUUGGAAGUGUUUGUUUGUUUCAAAAUGGCGUUCAAUGGAGAUGGACCUCAUACAAAAAGACAACGGACAGAAAGCGACACCGCUAAUAACAGAGGACACACAGGAAACUACACAACUACAGAGGAACCAAGAAGAAAAAGACAAGACGAAAGUAAACCAAAUCACGUCCUUUUGUUCACUAUUAUUAAUCCCAUGUAUCCAAUCACCGUGGAUGUUCUACAUACGAUCUGUCAAGCAAGUGGUCAGGUUUUGCGGAUCGUCAUAUUUAAGAAAAAUGGUGUACAAGCUAUGGUUGAAUUCGACAGCGUAGAAUCGGCCGUAAGAGCAAAAGAAACGCUAAAUGGGGCCGACAUCUACUCAGGAUGCUGCACUCUGAAGAUAGAUUUCGCCAAGCCUGAAAAACUCAACGUACACAAAAAUGAUUCGGAAAGCUGGGAUUACACAGUCUCGAUGAUGAAGGAAAACACAAAUGGUAGACCGCAGCCUUUACUGCAGGAGCCACAUUAUGGAUCUCGACCUCAACCUUACAAUCCCUACCCCAGCGAGCAGCAGAGGUACGACGAGAUGUGCGCUGGUCCGGGCUACGGGGAGCCUUUCGGGACGGAAACGUACCGGAAAAGCGCUCCUCCGGUUACCGCCGAGUACCGGGAUCAAAGGAACACCCACUUCCAGCAGCCCGGAGCCGUCCUGAUGGUGUACGGUCUGGACCCACUUCGCACCAACGCGGACAAACUCUUUAAUCUCAUGUGCUUGUAUGGAAAUGUCGCUCGGAUAAAAUUUCUCAAAUCAAAAGAAGGCACUGCCAUGGUGCAGAUGGGCGACAGCGUGGCAGUGGAACGAUGUGUUCAAAAUUUAAACAACGUAACCGUAGGUCUAACUGGUGCCGCGCCCUUAUCACACCACAACAACGUCAAAGACGACAAGAACAACCAAUCCGAACACAAACUACAACUCGCCUUCAGUAAACAACCCUUUCUUAGUGAAGUAACAAAUCCCUAUCCCUUACCUGAUAAGUCACCGUCGUAUAAAGAGUACAUAACAAAUAAGAACAACAGGUUUAUGAACCCGGCGAUGGCCAGCAAAAACCGCAUCCAGCCCCCGAGCAAGAUCCUGCAUUUUUUCAACACACCGCCACAAGUAACGGAAUCAGAACUAGUCCAAGUAUUUCGGGAUUACGACGUCGUUCCUCCCAAAGCGGUUAAACUUUUUCCUAUGAAGUCGGAACGAUCGAGUUCGGGACUCCUCGAAUUCGAAGACACCACAGAGGCUGUUGCUGCCGUGAUGGCGUGCAAUCACGCCGCCAUCGAGAGUCCAGGCACAAAGUUCCCUUUCAUAAUGAAACUGUGUUUCUCGUCGUCCCGUAGUAUGACAAUUCGAAAUGGUGACAACAAUUCCAAUGGAGCUGGAGAGAAACGUAUAGAGUCUGAACAUUAAAAGUAGUAGCUCCAUAUCCCUUUAAUAUAACCGAUACAUAUCCUUUCCAUAUACCGUAUGUCCAUAAUACGUUAUUACCGUUAGUUGAAUUAAGGUACUUAAGGUAUCUGUUUGAUCAGUAGAUUGAAUCUCGUUAAAUGAACAUGUUGUUAUGUUCUAAAUAUUUUUUAAUUGUUGAUAUUAUUUAUUUCUUUUAUUUUGUUGAAACCAACAUAUUCAAGCCGUAUUUUGCAAUUCCCUAAAAUGGACUAGUUAAAUUAGUAUUACAUAUCUUAAAGAAAUUGACAUGAAUGUUACAAAGAUUUGUGUGCAACACGAGUUUUAGGGCAAUUUUUAAAUGUUUAAUUGCAACGACAUUAGACGUAAUGUUUUUUAAAUAAAGUAGGUUAUUUAUUGUUAGAACGAUGAACUAAGGAAUAGUACUGUAUAUUUUUAUUUGCACUAAUUAUCACCCAUAGUACUAUAAAAGGAGGUUUGUUAAGUUGUUGUUAUUUAUUUUCGUCCAUUGCUUGUAUCAUAUCUUCAUUAAAGAAAUAAAGUUUCUUCUUUUCAUUCAUUUGAUAUGUGAUUAGUGUAUACUAUAUUUUAUCUCGAUCUUGUGUAUAUAGUUUUGAGAAUUUUUAGUUGUUACGUUCGUAUUGUAAAUAUUUAAAUAACUGAAGUCAAUAUCUAAUAACUCUAAAUUCAGAAAUAUCUAAGCAGAAACUACGAAACUGAGCAAAUAAGAAAUUUACCAUAUUUAGGAACAUAUCAAUUGUACUAUUAAGAAUAUUUUGAAAGUCUAUUUUUUCUGUGCUUUGUACUUUUCAUAUAUACUUUGAUAGAAAGGAGGCUACGAUCCAUAGAUCUAACGAACUGCUUAUAAAAUGACAGCUUCAGAUUAAAGGCUUAGCUAAUGAGAGUUUCGUCCUGUGAAUCUAAUGUCACUUUAGUUAAAUGUCUUCCUAACAUAUGUGUCUCAGUCUAACUAGGACCUAAAUUUGACAAAAUUGCGUUAGCUGGGACCGAUCAUGUGUUAUUGAUGUUUAUAAUAGUGUUUGUGUAUGGGAUAUUAAGACAUUGUGCAAUAAAAGUUUGCAUAGUUAUUAUCUUUCGACCACCAUAUUGUUAACGUGUUUUUUUCCUUUUUUUAAUAUGGUGUAGUUGAUGAUUUCAAAACAUAAAAGACAAAUAGUUAGUUCAUAUCACAUAGUAUUAAUUAUUCGUACUAUAGAUUUAGAGUUAUUUUUAGUGUGCAGUGGUCUCUAGCUGUCAAACAGCGGUAGCUAAUCAGAUUUAUUCCGUACUUAUGGACCAAAAAAAGUUGGAAUGAGAAAUUGUUAAAGCCGGCUUAAGGCCUUUGCACACUGCGUACAGUUACUGUUGUAGGAGACUCAAAACUAUCGAUAGAUAUUGGUGAUUUCUAGGUGAUAAAGUGAUUUUCAUUGAUUAUAUUUUUUUAAGAAAGUGGUUCCGUUGAAUGAACACAUAUCCAAAAACUCUCUCAAGAAAUCUAUCACUAAGUGUUAAUUUUUCUUUCGGCAUGGCAUAUCAAAUAAUCAAUGAAAAAUCAAGCUCUUCAUGUGUGUUAUUAAUUUUGUAGUAUUCUAUAAAACUGCAUUCUAUAAUAUAUAUGUCGUAACAAAACAUUAGUUGAGUCAAUUAUCUGUGCCUAUAGCAGUGGUAGUCUAUCUUCGUCUAUCACACUCUUACUCCAACUCUAAACCUUUACUACCUUGUUUCUCUCUGUGCUGUGAUAAAUUUGACAUGAAUUAACUCCAAGACUGCGAUUUAUUAUAAGCUCUACAAAGCAAUUGUAAAUAAGCUUCUAUUAAUUACAUAGGGAUGACAUUUAUUUGUCACUUAGCGCACCGAUGCUUUUUCUCUCCUGUUUUUGUUCAGUCUCGAAUAAAUUAAACUAGUACAAACUCACCUGGGAUUUACGCGGGAGGGGCAACGAAACCUAAUGAUCGAAAGUUUUCCCUUUGUGUUUCGAUAUCGAACGAAUAUUAUUUUUUAAAAUUUAUUUAAUAUCACAGAGGGAGACAAAACACACCAUACCUACAAUGCUUACACGUUCAAAAAUACAUCAACAUGCGUACAGACAUGACAAGCUGAAACAUCAUAAUACACAAGUAAUGUUAAGUAAAUGUAUGUAUUUUCCGACGCUGUGUGUAUAUAUUUAAAUUAUUCAAAGUAUUAUAAUAUACGCGUAAUUGUAUGCCAAAUAUUUUCUGGCAUUUUAUUUUUGUACAUGUAUUGUUCCCAAGACAGUUUUUCAUAUUGAAUUUUAAAAAAUUAUGUACAUAUUGGAACAUACCAUCUACAAGGAUAGAAUGGCUAGGUUCAGUAUUACUAAAAAGUCAAUUCGUUUUUUCGAUAAUGUAAAUAAGUUAUAUUUCAUCGCUGAAAUAAGUAAAUUAAUUACCAAUUAA